CCAUGGCGGAACGUCGCUGCUUGGUUUCCGCGGCAACGGCGGCCGCCAGCCCCGGGCCCCGCGGAGGAGCCGCCGGCCCCAGGCCCCGCGGAGCGGCCGGGCGGGCGCGCAGCCCGCCGAGGCUGCGGGAGCGGGAGGCAGCGGGGACCGCCAGGGCGCGGAGAGCCGCCGCGGCCGGCCCCACCCCCUGGGAGUCCGAGGGGCCCACGGCGGCGGCGGCCGUGCUGGCACGGUGCUUGGCCGAGGGCUUCGUGAGGCAGGAGACGUUGGAUUCAGCCUGUCAGAAUAUCACAUGCUUUGCGAAAUUCGCUGAGAGGGAAAAAAUUGCAAACAUUCGGGCAGAAAUCAAUGAGAAGAAACUGGAAACUGAGAUUCUGCAGUUGGAGAGGGAGACAGCAGACAUCGUUCACCCUUUUUACUUAGACAAAAAAUGCCAGAUAUUGCAAGAUAUGAACAGACACUUGGAAGCAGUACUGAAAGAGAAGAAGAAACUUAGGAAGAGGCUGAUGAAGCCCAUAUGUCAAGAGAACCUUCCUAUUAAGGCUGAAUAUCACAAGUACGUAGUAGAGUUGUUGACUGACGCUGUGUCUUUCGUUGAGAAGCUUGAAAGUCAUUUGCAGAGUGCAAAAAGUAUCCCUCAGAUACCAACUCUCAUGAAGAAUAUGGACAUUGCUUUGACAAAAACAGAGGUGCUGGUGACAGACUUGGAGGAGCUGACAGAGCAAAUAUUGAAAUGGAGAGAACUGCAAAAAGAAGUGUAUUCUGAUGGUAUCUGCAAUACUGCUGAAUUGGACUUUGGCUUAUCUUUAACCUAGCACAUCAUUUUUUUUUUUCCUCAUAUGGGGAUGGCUAUUUGAAGAACUGCAAUUUAAGCCUGUGAAAACUACAACAUACUUGUGCCUUAAUUCAACAGGGACUUUGUAAGUAGUUAUAUUUAUGUUCUGACAUUAUAGUUCAAUGAUUAUCCAUUUUCCAACUAUUUAAAAAACAACAACAAACUGAGCAGUAGUUCAUAGGAAGGCAGACUACUGAAAAGACUGUUAGGGAGUUCUUUUUCGAAAUAGUUGGGCAGGAUUCUCUCGGAGCCUGUAUCUUCAAUGCAAUUUUGUUUUGAUAUUUCUCAUGUGUUUGCUACAAUGUUUUUAUUCAUUUUUGUAAGUAUUUUGAUAAUACACUGUAUUUUGUAUGUACCUAUAAAACUUCAAUAAAAGCACUAGAUUUUAAGAACCAA